UAUCUUUCAUCUCUAAUACCCCUCAGCCUCGACGAGUGUGAUCCUCACUCUGGAGAUCCAACUUGAUGCCCGUCUCGAUCCCAUCUUAACACUAGACCACUUACACCGACGAAUCAUCAUCAACAGCAUACCGGCCAUCAUGAGUUCAUCACCCUGCACGCUCGCGACGUGCGACGUCUCCGACAGUCCGUACGGCUACCGCCCAACACUCACAGGCAGCGCCGUCUUCGCUACCGUCUCGGCCCUCUGCCUGGUCAUCAACGGCGCCGUCGCCGCCCGAUCAACCCAACGACAUGCCACAACCCCCUUCUCCGUCAUCGUGACCCUCGCCUGCGUGCUUGAGUUGCUGGGCUGGGUGGACCGCAUGGCCGGCUGGAGCGAUCCCUGGGCCUUGUACCCUCUCCUGCAGAGCAAGGCCCUGCUUACUAUUGCUCCCAUCUUUGUCACUUCAAGUAUCUACGUCUGCCUCGCACCAAUGGUCCGGAUACUAGGCACAGAACACUCCUUCAUCAAACCCGAGCUCUACUCCAUCAUCCUCCUCCCGCUAGACGGUCUCGCCCUCCUCCUCCAAAUCGUAGGCCUCGGCAUCGGCUUCCAAAACGUGCCAUACACCCUCUCACCACAGGACUCGUACGCCCCUAACGACGUGGGCGCGAAAAUCAUCCUGGCUGGUCUGGCCGUCCAGCUCGCAACCCUGGUUGCUGCUGGCCUAUCCCUCGCCUUCAUCCUCCUCCGCGCAGCCCGCUCCUACCAGCAGUACGGCUACACCACUUUCCACCGCGACGUGGGUUAUGUGCCCCUGACAGGCCGCUUUCGCAUCUUCGCCGGCGCGAUGCCUUCCGCCAUGGUCGUCCUGUUCAGCAGGAUGUGUUUCAGGGUCGCCGAUUACGCAGAGGGCUUUCGGGGUCCGCUGACGAGGAGCGGUGGGGAGGGACUGUUUCUCGGCCUUGAGGGGUUCCUUGUCGGGUACGCGCUCCUGGCGAUUGUCGGGUGCCAUCCGGCGCUGUUCCUGAAGGAUGGGAAGAUGGUUUCGAGGAUUGAGUCAGAGCCAUUUGUCGGUAUCGACGGUGUUGGGAGUACCGGCGGAAACGGUGACCACGAGAGGGAUUUGGAAGAGCUGAGCAAGGUGUAUCAGAGGCACCACGAGGAGGAGCAGAGGUUGUCGAGAUUUGAUCGCGUUUGAAGAUGAUACCCCCCGUUUAAAAGUAGCGUGCGUUGAUAAUUUUGAGUUCAUUAUUAAAGGAACCUAUGUGAAAAUUACCUAUUAUGUCAUUCCUGCAUUGGUUCUUUGAGGCUCUUCCGCUCAUAUCGGAAUGUUGCAGUACGUAUCGCAUACUCCAAGUGCAAAUCAACCCUUUCACAAAUCGACGGAAAGUUC